UAGAGUAGCGGAGAUUUCGACACAGAGAGAUAGAGAGAAAGAGAGUAACAAUGGCGACCCUUAAUGUACCAGAAUCGGUCCCUUCACCAGGCGAGGACGCCGAGCAACUCCGAAAGGCUUUCCAAGGAUGGGGAACCAACGAGGCGCUGAUCAUAUCCAUAUUGGCUCACAGGAAUGCAGCUCAGAGGAAGUUAAUUAGGCAGAUCUAUGCUGAAACAUAUGGGGAAGAUCUUCUUAAAGCACUAGACAAAGAGCUUUCUAGUGACUUUGAGCGGGUUGUACUGCUGUGGACUCUGGAUCCUGCUGAGCGUGAUGCAUUUUUGGCUAAUGAAGCAACAAAGAGGUUGACUUCAAACAAUUGGGUUCUCUUGGAAAUAGCAUGUACUAGAUCUUCUCUUGGCCUCUUUUUGGUGAGGCAGGCAUAUCAUUCUCGUUUUAAGAAAUCCCUUGAAGAAGAUGUUGCAUAUCAUACUUCUGGAGAUUUUCGCAAGCUUUUGGUGCCCCUGGUGAGCUCAUUCCGAUAUGAGGGAGAUGAGGUGAAUAUGACAUUAGCAAAAUCAGAGGCUAAGAUUCUUCAUGAGAAGAUCUCUGAGAAAGCUUAUAAUCAUGAGGAGCUCAUUAGAAUUCUGACUACAAGAAGUAAAGCACAGCUUAAUGCGACCCUCAAUCACUACAACAACGAGUUCGGAAAUUCUAUCAACAAGGAUUUGAAGAGUGAUCCUGAUGAUGAGUACCUGAAAUUACUGAGAGCAACAAUCAAGUGCUUGACCUGCCCUGAGAAAUAUUUUGAGAAGGUUCUGCGGCUGGCAAUCAACAAGUUGGGGACAGAUGAAUGGGGUCUUACAAGAGUGGUUACCACUCGAGCGGAGGUUGACAUGCACAGAAUUAAAGAAGAAUACCAUCGGAGGAACAGCGUUCCUCUGGAUCAUGCAAUUGCCAAAGACACUUAUGGAGACUAUGAGAAAAUGCUUCUCGCAUUGAUUGGACAUGGGGAUGCAUGAGAAAUGCUGCUGGUUUGAGUUAUUGUUCCAUAUGAAUGUCGUUUAUGUUCCCUGCGAUAAGUUGUUUUUGCUUUGGAUGUGUCUUGUUUUAUGGAUGUAGUUUAUGUUGUCUUUAAUUUGGAUGUACGUCUGUGUUGUGGCUUUGAUACUAAUUUUAUUAGUUUCCGGAUUAACAAGUGGGUUUUCUGUUUUAUA